UGGAUCAAAAUGGCUACGCGUGUUGUGUCAUUGCGUUAAAAUUUACGUUCUUCUUUGUUUAUUUUAAGUUAAUCAGCGAUUUUAGUUUAUUUCUGUGUUGAAAUAUACCUUCACUAAUGUUUUGUGUUUGUGAAUUUACGUUUUGAAUAUGGGUACAAGCACGAUGGGUAGCGAUCUACACUCAGAUAAGCAGGACAAGUUAUUGAAAUUGCAAGCUAGAAAGAAAGAAUUAGAGCAGCUUUUAGCCACAAAGAACGAGGAAUUGUAUAAACUAUGUGUUCAAGAAGUUCAACUAACAGGAAUCAUGCCACCCGAGGCGCCCUUGAGCCCCGAAGUGCCGAGAGAGAGACUAAACAGUGUACGUAGUACUGAUAGGUCAACUGAUGGCAAUGACGUCCAAGACGGCUCAGACAAUACUUCCAGACGUCUCCGAAUGGCUCCAGGAGAGCGUUUGCACGAUUCAGAUCAGAAUCUACGCAAAAACCUCACGCACAGACUUUCUACGCCAUCGAUAUCUGGUAUGUCGACGAAAAGUGCACACCCAAGACUUAUACGGCGUCCGGAGACUAGCUGUUCUAAUUUCUUUCCGUCCCCGCCUCAGGAAAGGAAUCCAGAGACUUUUUCAAUGCACACUUCUCACACCUAUCCAGCAUUAGCAGGAAGACAUGAACCAAUGACUGAGAACAUGCACAGUGAUGUCAAUCAGCCUCCUGGGUACAGACACCACACUAUGACCACUGAGUAUAUGAAUAAAAUUUACUAUAACAAUGCUCCCGAGGCUCACAAUGUUACUCGUCUACGGGAGACACAUUUCAGCUCAAGCCAUCCUGAUAUUACUACCCACUACACUCACACCACAGCUGCUCCACAGCCAAUGGCACAACAGAAUGGUAUGAGAAAUAAUGCUCUCUUAUAUCAGUAUGCAUCUCAUCUGAAGGCCCAGAGCCAACAUUUGGCAGCUCUUCCUCAUCACCACCAAAUGCAAGUUCAAUCUAAUUCUAAAAGAAGACCCGAGGGUAGCCGGAGGAACACAUUGCAGCGCACACAGACCUACCAUUUAACAUCACAUAGCGAUUACAAUCAACACUUUGAGAAUAUUAUGGAUCCUCACAGGCCCCCCUUGCCUAUGUACCAACACCGAUCUCAGCCAGAUAUUCAAGAGCAGCCUACUGAUAGAAUACAUGUGCCUACAGAAAGGCCAACUGUACCUAAUACCUUGCCUUUGCGUGAAAGAAAUGCCAGACCUAUGCACAUGCCCCUACAAGUAUCUACUGAUGAAUAUAUGCAUGAAAGAAGAGGCUAUCCUGAUGCACUGAGCCCUGUCAGUCAGUUAUCAGGAUAUUCUCAAGGAAAUUUUGACUCGGUCAGUAUGAAUAAAUUUUCACCCCUAUCUCAAGAUUCUAAAGUCCGAGAGAAGCAGUGGUAUGAAACCUCAUUGGACUCGCCAACAAAAGCCGAGGCACCUUUACUAAAGAAGAGUUCCAGCCUCAAAAGGACUUCAAGUAUAGGUAACUCCCAAACUUACGAGAUAAUGAUUUCCACUGGCCGCCAUUCUGCUAUGCAGAGCCCUAAUCAGUCCCACAGUCCCUCCGUACUAUCACCCACCUCUUCUACCUUAGAAUCUCCUAAGAACUUGACAGUCAUAGAGCAAGGUAAAUGCAUACCCUACAGGGAGGAGACGAAGCCUUUUGAGAUGUCAGACUUUUAUAAAUACUCAACUAAGUUCCGGCAAGCAGGGCCCCCGAAGACUCAGCCUGCACCGAUGCACACGGGGUACAACAAGUUACCUAUGGAGUUACCGCAGUAUGCGCAGGAGCAUUGGCAGGGACAAAGCAACUAAAGAAAGGUUUUUUUUUAACCCAGUUGAUGAGAUCAGGCUGAAGUUUUGGAUCAUCA